AUGCCAUACUCUUUAACGAUGUAUUCUAGAAACUUAUCGCGAUUUCUGCUAAGACUAAGCAAAAGUUCGAAAAUAAGUGAUAUUCGCAGAUACUUAACUGCUAUAUUACAAUCUAAUGUAGAACAUCUCGUUGGAUCAGCAGCUACUCACAACCGAUCAGCUACUAAAAGUCCAAUUUUUGAUCUUCCUGCACCUUUCGAUCCGGAGGUAAAGUUUGUUAACGUUGAGACUGACAAUUUAAAUGUUAGCAGUGUGGAUCAUAUUAGAGCAGGUUACACUGAUGAAAACCCGAACGGGUCACCCACUGUCAUUGCCGUCCAUGGAUGUCCAGGGAGCCACUUUGAUUUUCGUUACUUGGCUACACCUUUGCGCGAUGCCAACGUUAGGAUAAUACGGAUUAAUUUACCUGGAUUUGGUCCUACUCCUAAACCAUAUGAUUUUAUAUAUAACGCAACUAAUAAAGCUAACUUUGUUGGCAAUUUAUUAAACAAGAUUGGCAUAAAUAAAGUUGGUAUGGCAAUUGGACAUAGCUUAGGAUGUACUUGCGUUACGUCUUUAGUUAGCACUCACCCAAAUUUAGUAGCAUCUUAUGCUCUACUGGCUAGUUGCGGAACUAGGCCUAAUAUCGGAAUGAGGCCGUAUAUGUGGACUCGAGCUACGGCAAAAGUAUUGGAUGUACCGCUGCUUGGAAGUUUAUCAUCUGUUAUUGUGAAUAGAAGAUAUGCAAAGUACGGAUUUAACGUAGCUAAAACGGUUAAAGAUGAAAUAGAUAAUAGUCAUCGACUAUGUGCGAAUGUAGAUUUUAAUAUGAAUACCAAAUGUCUUGAAUUAAUGGGUGAUAAGAAGAUUCCAGUAUUGCUAGGCUUUUCAAUUGAUGAUAAGUUAAUAGAGCACGAAAUCUUUAAUGAAAUAUCGUUAUGCCUGGGCAUGCGAACUCUUGAUGAAAUGGAUGGUCUAGAGGAAGCUCAAACUGAUAAGAUGCCUCAUAUCAGAUACGAUUUAACAACUGGAAUGUCUCGUCAACUAGUUUUCCAAAAAGGUGGUCACUACCUUCAAAAAUUUCAUGCAAAUUAUAUUGGAAAAGCAAUGUUAGAUAUUCUGAAUAAAUUGGAAGCAGUUAAAGAAUGGCGAACUAAUCUUGAACACUUUUCUUGGAGUAUCGGUUUUCGGCUUGCUGAUCGAUUCGCAAUAACACGCCAGCUGACUAAUGCACGUUGA